AAAAAUCUGUUCAGCGCAAGCUACAUGUAUGGUAGCUUAGUUGGUAACACUACAACUUAGGUAUCAUUUAAUUGUGCUGUUUUAGUGGGAGUUUCUGAAUUUAAUGUUUCUGGUUCCUAUUAUGGCAUAAUUUAAUAAUUACUUAACUAGUGAAAGUAAUCAGUUUUAAACCCAACACUCUUUAUCUGAACUAAAUGGACCAUUUUAAACUACACAACAGUAGAAACCCAAUAUAUUUUGAUGAUUCUCAACCGAUUUGAACAACUUGUCAAAAAUAGUUUGACACCAAACAUUGAAUACAGAAGCUCCUGCUAAAAAAGCACAAGUCAACAUUACGCAAGUUGUGGUGUAAGGUGCUCGGUCACUAACCAGAAGGUCUCAGGUGUCUGGGUGUUCGCUGAGAAAGUUCUUUAGGAUUUUCCGUUGAGCUCUACCCCUAUAAUGUGAGUGGUGCAGGGAGGGGAGCUUGCCAUAAAAUGCCAUCAUUGGCAUCUACGUUAAGCGCCAUUGUCCAGGCCAAAUUUCCUGUAUCCUUCAUAGCACAUCACUGAAACGUAGGAUGUUAAUAAUAACAAAACCCUGACUCCAUUAAACUGCCUCUUAUAUUUAAAUCUUCUGGUCAAUGUCUACCUCCGUUUUGAAAAAGUAUUUUGGAGAGAAUUUGUCUAAGAUGUGUCUAAGUUUAGAAGAUAUGGACUUUGACCUUUUAUGUAGCCUUUGUUAGAACUGAAUUUUAGUUCGAUGGAUAACAUGGCUAAAACAUAUUGUACAAUUGUCUCCCUAGCUGUAAAUUGGGUGAGAGAAAUUUUCAUCUAACUCUAAAAGGGAUAGUUAAGAUAUUAAUCUGGUAGAUGAGGAUGAUGUUGUGAAAGGGAUGGUUAGUGAUUGUCAUAUAAAUGUUUCCUGUGAUAUUGACACACAUUUGGAUUACAUUGGUGAUAGUUGAAUGAACUUGGAAGGAAAUUUUUACCCAAUUACUGUACUACAUGUACAUGAGUAUUUAAAAUGCAGAGAAUUAGAACAAAAUCCACAUCGUCAACAAAACCAGAAAUUUUCCUGAUAGGAGAACAACUCAGAUUUGAAAUGGGGGCUCAAGGUUUGAUUGGCAAUAGAAAGUACCAUUUACGUACAUAUAAAUCAUGUUUUGUUGGACAAGAAGUUGUGGAUUGGUUGCUGAAAUCAAGGCAUAUACAUUCAAGGGAGGCUGCUGUUACAGCCAUGAGAACAUUACAAGAAAAUCACAUAAUCCACCAUGUUUGUGAUGAUCACCUAUUUAAAGAUGAGAAAUUAUUCUACAGAUUUCGUCGAGAUGACAAUACUUACUCCAUAGACAGGGAUUUACGAUCUUUUUAUACAGGUCUUCGUGUCUAUCAGAAAAUAAGAAAAAGAAGUGAUAUAAUGAAAGAUUUUAACGAUUCUGGACGAUUAUAUCGAGAUGCUUUCACUGGUUAUAAUUUUGUCAACUGGAUGAUGGAGAAUGAAGAGACAUAUAGUCGAGAUCAAUCAGUAAAAGAGGGAAGAGAGUUAUUAGAGAGUGAGAUAAUCAAACAUGUUACUGAUGAUUACCAUUUCCGUGAUGGUCAGUAUAGAUAUCAGUUCUGUCUAGAUUUUAAUCAGGCAUACCUUCUGUCUGAUAUCUUCCGUUUAAAGAGAAACAAUAAUCGAUCUUACAGUAGUAGUAGCAGCUCCAAUAAAAUCUCAGCAUACAGUGAUAUAACUCUUGUGAGACCACGGCAAGAAUCUAUCACGCAAUCAUCCAGUGGUAGUCCAGAUCAACAUGACUCCUUACAAUUCAGCCAAUCAUCAGAAUCUAGUGAAACUUGUUCCGAACCAGAUAGUAAUGGAAUACUUGAACCAAAAUCAGUGUUAGUGCGUCAAGUAUCUGUGAGUGAACUAGAGGAUCCCAAUGCUCCAUAUAUACGACAAAAAAUUAAGAUAUUAAGUGAUGGAAUUGGUUAUGGUUUUGUCAUUAGAGGAGAUGGACCUACCUAUGUUCAAACACUUGAUCCUAAUGGCCCAGCAGCUGCUGCAGGAAUAAAGGUUCGUCAGUAUAUAUAUUCAGUAAACGGAGAAAAGGUUAUCAAUAAAAAUCACAAAAUGGUGGGAAAACUUAUACAGGAACAAGAUUCUUUGUCAUUGGUUGUUUUAUCACAUUAUAAGGAAAGGUAGAUGGGGAUUGGUGGAACCGAUAUACUCCAUUCAACUUCACUAAUUUUCCUCAUUGGUAGAAAAUGUAUAGUUAAUGCUAUGGCUGUUGUUUUUUUUUUUAUCAAAUUGGUAUAUGCCAUUAUGUCAUUGGCCAUUUUGAGGUUGAUUUGACUAUAAGAUUUAGGGUGAUAUUUCCAUCAAUGAUGGAAUGAAUGGUCCAUUUAAUUUCUGCUUUAACCAAAUAUUCUCCAUUUCGGCAUUAUUUACUUGUGUAAGUGCCGAAUAUGAUUGGGUUUCAUUGGGUUUCGGGGAAAUUGAUAAGUAUGAUAGAUGAGAAGACUUGUUUUAUUAGUAUUUGGUUUUUAAUAUCUUGCUUUCGAGAUUUUUUUUAAGGUGAAAUGCAAAACAAGGUUGACCCUUAAAGACCAAGCUAUUAGUUGUAUUUAAUAAUCAUUCCAUUCAUAUUGUGACAAAGUAGUUGGACUUAGGGCACAUUAUCAUCCUGGUUUAAUCAUUGAUCAAUCUGAUUAAAAUAGAGAUCAAUAUUUCGUUUCGUUAUUUUUGUACUUUCGAUGGCCUACAUUAUAUGAUCUGACAAGUUGUACUCGAAGGUCGUGUCAGGUGUCGUAUGAGCGGCUUUUGACCCAAUGACGUCAGACAUUGAUUAAUCAAUAAGCAUUGGCAUUUCUAGUGAUUUACCCACAAUUUCGUGCAUGGCACGCCAAGAAGUCGCCGUAACAGACUGUUUCAUUGGCUUAUUCCCCGACUUCAACCAAAACGCUGGUAAUAUAACAACUCUUCCAGAUCCUAGUGUAGUAAAGACAAGUAAAACAAAAUUUUGAACUAUAAAAAACGAAAAGAAAUAGGAUCUGUGUUUUAAUCAGAUUGAUCAUUGAUGUAAAGCUCUAACAUGUCCUGUUGGUAUUUGUGGAAAUAUGCACACCAUGCUACAAGAAUAUAGCUGGGUAGACUGGAAUAAUGCAUCUUAUUUAAAAACUUAACACCCAGUUUUGGGAGCAAAUGAUGUGCCAAAUCAUUCAUUGACAUCAUCUCAUAUAUUAAGCCAGGUCUGAUUUAAUGCAAUUCCAUGUGUUUAUGGCUUGUUAUACGUAAUUUAAUUAAUUUUCUGCUAGAAAUGACUGACUUUUGAUUAUCUAUUGAUUUAAAUUUUUAAAAUAUGUUGUCUUUAUAAAUUUGGCUUACUUGUAGACUUAUAACUUAUUUGUUAUUAGAUGCAAAUUAAAUAUCAAUUUAUUUCAAACCUGUCAUUCUUGUUAUAG